GCGCAGUGGAUAGCUUCCGGGUUUGGGCCUGGCGCUGCUCUUGUGGCGGCGGCGGCGGCGGCUGAGUGGGACACGGGAGGUGGGAGCAGGGGGACCGGAAUGGACGUUUCGGGGCAGGAGACGGACUGGCGGAGCGCCGCCUUCCGGCAGAAGUUGGUCAGUCAAAUCGAGGAUGCCAUGAGAAAAGCUGGUGUGGCCCACAGUAAAUCCAGCAAGGAUAUGGAAAGCCAUGUAUUCCUGAAGGCCAAGACCCGGGACGAAUACCUUUCUCUUGUGGCCAGGCUCAUUAUCCAUUUCCGAGACAUUCAUAACAAGAAAUCUCAAGCUUCUGUCAGUGACCCUAUGAAUGCACUACAGAGCCUGACUGGCGGACCCGCUGCAGGAGCAGCCGGAAUUGGCAUGCCUUCUCGGGGCCCAGGACAGUCCCUAGGUGGGAUGGGAGGCCUUGGUGCCAUGGGGCAGCCAAUGCCUCUCUCUGGACAGCCGCCCCCCGGCACCUCAGGGAUGGCCCCUCAUGGCAUGGCUGUUGUGUCCACGGCGACUCCACAGACCCAGCUGCAGCUCCAGCAGGUGGCGUUGCAGCAGCAGCAACAGCAGCAGCAGCAGUUCCAGCAGCAGCAGGCGGCGUUGCAGCAGCAGCAGCAGCAGCAGUUCCAGGCUCAGCAGAAUGCCAUGCAGCAGCAGUUCCAGGCAGUGGUGCAGCAGCAGCAGCAGCAGCUCCAGCAGCAGCAGCAGCAACAGCAGCACCUGCUUAAAUUGCACCAUCAAAACCAGCAACAGAUACAGCAGCAGCAGCAGCUGCAGAGGAUGGCACAGUUGCAGCUGCAGCAACAGCAGCAGCAGCAGGCUUUGCAGGCCCAGCCGCCAAUGCAGCAGCCACCAAUGCAGCAGCCACAGCCUCCCCCCUCCCAGGCCCUGCCCCAGCAGCUGCAGCAGAUGCAUCACCCACAGCACCACCAGCCACAGCCACAGCCUCAGCAACCACCAGUGGCUCAGAACCAACCAUCACAGCUCCCGCCACAGUCACAGACCCAGCCUUUGGUGUCGCAGGCUCCGGCCCUCCCCGGACAGAUGCUAUACCCCCAGCCUCCGCUGAAGCUUGUCCGAGCUCCGAUGGUGGUGCAGCAGCCCCAGGUGCAGCCACCGGUGCAGCAGCAGACAGCGCCGACAGCUCAGGCCCCCCAGAUAGUGGGUUCUGGAGUCCAGAUGAUCGCCGAAGCCUUGGCCCAAGGCGGGAUGCAAGUAAGAGCCCGGUUCCCGCCCACCACCGCUGUGUCUGCCGUCCAGUCAAGCUCCAUCCCUUUGGGCAGAGAGCCCUCAGCACAGGUCAGCCAGAACAGCCUCACCAUGCUGUCCUCGCCGUCGCCGGGCCAGCAGGUGCAGACCCCGCAGUCGAUGCCUCCUCCCCCACAGCCAUCCCCGCAGCCCGGCCAGCCCAGCUCACAGCCCAACUCCAACGUCAGCUCCGGCCCUGCCCCGUCCCCCAGUAGCUUCCUGCCAAGCCCCUCACCACAGCCCUCCCAGAGUCCAGUGACAGCGCGCACCCCGCAGAACUUCAGUGUCCCCUCCCCGGGACCUUUAAACACCCCUGUAAACCCCAGCUCCGUCAUGAGCCCAGCGGGCUCCAGCCAGGCCGAGGAGCAGCAGUACCUGGACAAGCUGAAGCAGCUGUCCAAGUACAUCGAGCCCCUACGCCGCAUGAUCAACAAGAUCGACAAGAACGAAGACAGAAAGAAGGACCUGAGUAAGAUGAAGAGCCUCCUGGACAUCCUGACUGACCCCUCCAAGAGGUGCCCUCUGAAGACUCUGCAGAAGUGUGAGAUCGCCCUGGAGAAACUCAAGAAUGACAUGGCGGUGCCCACGCCUCCACCACCCCCGGUACCACCGACCAAGCAGCAGUACUUGUGCCAGCCGCUCCUGGAUGCCGUCCUGGCCAACAUCCGCUCGCCCGUCUUCAACCAUUCCCUGUACCGCACAUUCGUGCCAGCCAUGACGGCCAUCCAUGGCCCACCCAUCACGGCACCAGUGGUGUGCACCCGGAAGCGGAAGCUUGAAGAGGAUGAGCGGCAGAGCAUCCCCAACGUGCUCCAGGGCGAGGUGGCCAGAUUAGACCCCAAGUUCCUGGUGAACUUGGACCCUUCUCACUGCAGUAACAACGGCACCGUCCAUCUGAUAUGCAAGCUGGAUGACAAGGACCUCCCAAGCGUGCCACCCCUGGAGCUCAGUGUGCCCGCCGACUACCCCGCCCAGAGCCCGCUGUGGAUCGACCGGCAGUGGCAAUACGACGCCAAUCCCUUCCUGCAGUCGGUGCACCGAUGCAUGACCUCAAGGCUGCUGCAGCUCCCCGACAAGCACUCAGUUACGGCCCUGCUCAACACAUGGGCGGAGAGCAUCCACCAGGCCUGCCUCUCGGCUGCCUAGCCACCACCACUACUGCAUCUCGGGCUGCCAGCCCACCAGGAACCACGGGUCGGCUGGCAGCCUUGUUGGGGCCACAGAGGACACACACCUUGUGUCGGACCCUUCUAGGUGUUGGCUCCCUAGAGAGCCUGGGCUUAGGUUAGCUUUCCUGCUUUUAUCUUCUGCCUUGGGGACCUACCAAGCGUUCCCCACACUUGAACCGGACGGGACGGGCUCUGGAGUCCUCUGUGGUAGGAGUGGCAGACACGCCCCGGGCCUGCGCUCCUCAAGCUGCUGUCCCUUUGGCACCUGCAGGGCCCCUGUCCUCCCUGUCUCCGGGGAGAAGCCAGGGCCCUGCUACAGCCCUUGUGUGUGCCAGAAAACACUCCCCCCGUUUCUGUAGGAAACCCUGAAGACACACAGAAUUCUCUGCUCAGUGUUGGGUUCACACGGGGCCUGCCAUAGGAAGGCUCCCGCAUCCAGGGGCACCCGUGUGUCUAAAAGGAAGUAUGGCCUGUGGAUAGUUGCAAGUCACCACUACCCGCUGGACCUCACACCUCACGGCAUGUUCCCUUCAAGCCCUGGGGCCUGCUCAGCACUGGGGGUCCCAGGGAGCAGAGCAUUCUGGGGAAACCCUGUCCUUGGCACCAUGUGUACUAGCUAGGCUCACUUUUGGGUCAGGGUGCCAUCCUCUGGACCUGGUAUCCUCAGAGCCACCUGGAGAGGGAGGGCUCCCUGAUGAAGCAUCAGCCAGUCCUCUGGUUCAGAGGUUCCCUCUUUUGUAUGUGCACUACUAUACCUUCUGUGGUUCUUAUAAUAAAUUUAUUAUUCCUGUGUUU